AGCAGAAGAAGAGGAGGCGAGGGGAAAGCAGCAGCAGAGAGAGAAAGAGAAAGAGAUCCGGGGAGAAAUGCCCGCUGGACGGAUGGAUUUUAUUUUCCCCGAGCUGUACGAGCCUCUGUAAGACACCAUGGGCUGCAUAGGAUCCCGGCAGAUCACAGUGGAUGCGGUGCCGGUACAGAAAGAUGGGGAUCAGUUGUCCAUGGAGGACACUACUUCCAUUCUGCCUCGCCUCAAGAGGAAGCCGGCCCAGACCUAUGGGAUCGGUGCCCUGGCUAAGUCCUCUCUGACAGGUGUGUCAGGUGUGUCUCGCUCCAUGAAGGACAAAGUGACCAAGCCCACCGCUAUGGCCCAGGGUCGCGUCGCCCACAUGAUCGAGUGGCAGAGCUGGGGCGUACCAUCUGCGGGGCCGAUGGGGGGCGCGGGACACACCAACCUGCAGAGGGAAAAGGAGAGGAGGCUGGAGAACGAUGCUUACAGCGACCUCAGUGACGGCGAGAAAGAGGCUCGCUUCGCUGCAGGCAUCAUGCAGCAGUUUGCGAUCUCUGAGGCGACUCUGUUUGGCUGGAACUCGAUGGACGGGGAGAGUAUGGGAGCCGGCUCCAACCAGGGCAGCGUCGCUCACCUCAGUGAGGUCAACCAGGAGAGCAUCACCAGCAGAGACCAGGUGCUCCACCACUCGUCAGCAGACGUCUGGCCUCACACCUACGUCUCUCAGGGCCUGUACUGCCUGUCGUCCUCCGACGCCUGGGACCCAAUCACCAGCCAGCCUUCGGGCGUGGCCUCACCUGCUGCAGGCUCCUACAUCAUGGCUGCUGGUGGCGGCAGCGGAGCAGCAGGAACACCUGGUGAGGGCUACGAGGGGACGGUAGGUGGUUACCUUCAGCAGCAUCACGCUCAUCUGGCCCUGCAGCAGCAGAGCCAACUCCAACAGCUGCAACAGCUCCACCAGUACCAGCAGCAUCAGUUCCUGCAGUACCAACAACAACAGUCUAUGGAGCAAAGGCUACAUAGUGCCUCCCAUUCCCUCCAAGCCACUCCCAACAGCACCAUCCACAGUCUCGGCCCUCCCACCCACCCUCGGCUAGCUGACCUGUGGGGAGCUGCGCAGGUCGAGGCACACCACGUGGAGAUUGUUGGGCCGAUGAAUGGGCAGAUGGCUGACAUGGUGACAGGAGUGGUGGAGACAGUGGGAGAGGAGCCAGAGCCCGAGUCUGAAAGCCUCGCUGAGCAGCGUGAAGACGGAGAGGAGGAGCUGACAAAGGUAGAUGACAUCACAUUAACCCUGGAGCCGGAGCCGUGCUCUUUGACCCCGUCCCCACAGAGGGAGGAGGUCUCCUCAACCAGAGGGUCAAGCCCAGGACUGCCAGCACAGAUCGCCGAAUCUACUGCGGGAAGGAUACCGUUCGAAGUCACGCCCUGCAUCGUCCAGUCAGUAGAGGAGUAGGACGAAGGAGCGGAGGAGGGCUCCAUUGUUAUUGUUGAAGCCAACUGAAUCAUAGGGCCAGAAAAAACUGGAAAUUAAUACUUCAAUAAUCAAUCAAGCUAUUCUAUCCCUACCCCAACCCCCUCCUAUUUAUCCACUUUGAGUCAGAGGGAAUGCAAGAAGACUUUUUCAGAUGAUACGUGGGAUGUAAUGUACACAAACUAAAUGCCAAGAAGCCCCCUAAGUUACUGCGGGAAAUGUGGAAUAUUAAAUAUGUGACGAUGAACACAUAACAUUUAAAGUAGAUAAGAGACUUACAUUCAGUGACUGCUGAAACAAGCUGUGUGAGGAUGAGACGGAUUCAUAACCAGUUUGGACCAAACGGACCAAAGAACCAGGACUUAAAGCCGAACAGUAGGCAGACGGACGGGUGUGAUAAGAAAAAAGAAGAAAAGGUAGGACAUGAAGAGAGAGGAAGGGCCGAGUUAAACAUCAGUAUCAGUGCAAUACAACAAACACGGACACAACAAGGUCAAACAGUCUUUGCAAAUAAUUCCGAGCUGGUGGUUCAGGUGUGGCGUGUUAUCUGAGAAAUCCUGCAGGACCAGGAACUCCACCUGGUUACAGAUAAGUAAUGUAUUCUGCUUUGACGGGCAGCUUGUCUGAGCUCUAGUUGAGAUGACACUCAGAGGGACCUGUGGCUCACACCUUGGACUUAUUUGCAAACACACAUAAUCUGGACACAACCAAAAGAAAGUGCAUGCUUUUUAACAGUGACCUAACCCUUACAGUAUAACACAGUAUACAAAGUAAUAAUAUAUCAAAUUGCUUUUUAUAAUAAAAGAAAAAAUCCAAUAAACCAAUAUGUAUUUGUAUGAAUGUAAGAAUGUAUGUAUGUAUGUAUGAAUGUAGCUUUGUUUGUGUGUAAAAUAUAUAUAUUCUGGGAAACAGA